CGGGCGGAGGCAGCGGGCUCGGGAAGGCGGCGAGGGCGCAGCGCACCGCCGGAUAAACCCUGCCUGCGUCCCGUUCCCCCACCCCGGACAUAAGUUUGCUGCUGGAGAGGAGGAAGGGGAAAGGAAAAAAAUCCCCCAAAGCUGAAAAAUUAAAAAAAAAAAAGAAAAAAAAAGUGUUCCCUGCUCCCCAGGCUGCCCCGGAGGCAUGCGGCGGAGAGCAGCCGGCAGCAGCCGCCGCUGCCCGGCCCGGCUGCGGGCAUGACUGCGCGGCCGGAGCGGGGCUGAGCCGGCAGCACCCGGCAGCGCUCGCCCCCCGCCCCGGGGAAGGGCAGGGGCCGGGGGGGCCCCGCCGCCCGCCUUGCCCAGCCUCCGCGCAUCCUCCGCGCCGAGCCGAGCCGAGCCGAGCCGAGCCCCGCCGAGCCGGGCCGGGCCACCUGCGGAGCGGAGCGGAGCGGAGCCGAGCCGCGGCGGUAGGAUGAGGGGCAUCGUCUGCUUCUGCACGCUGAUCCUCCUGGAAGGUAUGGCGGAAGCUGUCAGCUCAAGCAGGGACUGCCUUCAAGCAGGAGAGUCCUGUACCAAUGACCCCAUCUGCAGCUCCAAAUUCAGGACCCUUCGGCAGUGCAUUGCGGGCAACGGAGCCAACAAGCUGGGCCCGGAUGCCAAGAACCAGUGCCGGAGCACGGUAACGGCCCUGCUCUCCAGCCAGCUGUAUGGCUGCAAGUGCAAACGAGGCAUGAAAAAGGAGAAGCACUGCUUGAGCGUCUACUGGAGCAUCCACCACACGCUGAUGGAAGGCAUGAACGUGUUGGAGAGUUCUCCUUACGAGCCGUUCAUCAGAGGCUUUGAUUACGUCCGGCUGGCAUCCAUCACCGCAGGGUCUGAGAACGAGGUGACCCAGGUGAACCGGUGCCUGGACGCUGCCAAAGCCUGCAACGUGGACGAGAUGUGCCAGCGGCUGCGGACAGAGUACGUCUCCUUCUGCAUCCGGCGCCUGGCCCGAGCCGACACCUGCAACCGCUCCAAGUGCCACAAGGCCCUGCGCAAGUUCUUCGACCGUGUGCCGCCCGAGUACACCCACGAGCUGCUCUUCUGCCCCUGCGACGACACAGCCUGCGCCGAGCGCCGGCGGCAGACCAUCGUCCCCGCAUGCUCCUACGAGUCCAAGGAGAAACCCAAUUGCUUGGCACCCCUGGACUCCUGCCGGGAAAACUACGUCUGCAGGUCGCGCUAUGCAGAAUUCCAGUUUAAUUGCCAGCCAUCCCUGCAGGCUGCAACCGGUUGUAGGAGGGACAGCUAUGCUGCCUGUCUGCUGGCGUACACAGGGAUCAUAGGCAGCCCCAUCACGCCCAACUACAUCGACAACUCGACUUCGAGCAUAGCUCCCUGGUGCACAUGCAACGCCAGCGGCAACCGGCAAGAAGAGUGUGAGAGCUUCCUGCAUCUCUUCACUGACAACAUCUGUCUCCAAAAUGCCAUCCUGGCCUUUGGCAAUGGGACCUACCUGAAUGCAGCCGUGGCCCCAUCCAUCCCCCCCACUACACAGAUGUAUAAGCAGGAGCGAAAUGCCAACAGAGCCGUGGCAACCCUCAGAGAGAACAUCUUCGAGCAGCUCCAGCCCACCAAGGUGGCCGGAGAGGAGAGACUCCUCAGGGGCUCCACUCGUCUGUCCUCAGAAACCUCCAGCCCAGCAGCUCCCUCCCACCUGGCAGGCUCUCAGCUGCAGAUGUGGCUUUUCCCAGCUCUCGCCAUGCUGAGCCUAUUUUUGAUGUGAAGCAGGGUGGGCUCACGCCAGGCAGUGACUCUCUUUGUGUCGGUUCCUUUAAAAAACAACCAGACAAGCUACUUUUCUGGGGGGAGGGAGAAGGGGUGGGAUGGGAAGGAGAGGUGAGCGUGUAGGCAUCCCUUCCUCCGCCUCAUCUGUCUGCCAAUUUGUUUGAUUUUAUGAAAUCAGCAUCAUUGAAACCAGCUCAUUCUUGGUCCUGGCCACUUUUCCACUCCACAGCUUGGUGGUUGUCUCUCCAGCUCUCUGCGGAUGGGUUCAGAGCCACUGACAAGUCCCUUGAAAAAUCUCAAAGUGGGAGUCAAGCCAAGAGAUAAGACCUGCAAAGGAAAUGCUUUUGCCUGCCCUAGACAAGAGGGCAAUGACUUUUGAUGGAUGAGCUGUCAGGAAGUUUCCUGAAGCCCUGACUCUUGUUGGGGGUCUCUGGACAGGGCACAUCCAGUGACGUAUACUCCAGAUCAUCUCCAGGGUUGCCCAGGACCCAAAGAGCAGCCUGUCUGGUUCAGAUUGAAGAAACCAGAUUCCCUGGUGAGAAGGAAGUUGAUUUUGUUCAUCAGAGAGGAUCCUGAAGCACCUCCGGGGUAGAGCAAGUGGCCGUGCUAUGCAGAACUGAUUCACUGGGUUCAUCCACACAUUGAAAUCACGGGCAGCGUGGAACCAGCGUGCAUCUCCAAGCUGUGAUGUACCCCUUGGCCCUCCUUCUAGGGAAACGUGUGUCAUGUAUUGAUGAUGUUCAGGAAGAAACACGUGUUGCAUUUCAUUUAUGGAUGACUUUCUUCAUGUCCCAACCCUAACAUCUCUUUUUACUGGUCCUGUAAAUUGUUUGGGGUAGGUGGGGGGUUUCUUGUCACAUCCAAACAGCCAGAGGCUAAUACCGUUCCACUCCAAGCUAACCUUCCUCAGCGCAGGAUGAAUGUGUGAGCCCACGGGCAGGACUUGAUGCGAGUGCAACGUAACCCAUCCUCAUGUGCUGCCUGUGCAUCGGCCCGUCUUGCAGAGAGACAAAAGACGUUGAGUCGGGGGGAUUUCAUCAGUCGCGCAGUUAAGAGACAGGCUAGGAAAAGUUUGCUACAUACCACCCUGGGGACGUAAAAAUCCAGCCAAUUUAUCAAAAGGCCAAAGCACUAUAAAUGUUGUAGGUAGGGAGUGGGUUGUUACAGUUCCCCUUGCUAAAGACUAGUGGAAGCAGUUGCUUGUGUUCAUGUUAGCACUUUGAAGCAGUUGCCUCUUAUUAAGUGCUAAUUGCUCAGCCAAAGGUGGUUUAAGCACAGGCUGGUUAACUCACCCAUCUGGACUACAACCGGAGCCUGGCUGAAGGCUAAAAACAAAUGGCUCCCUGAUCGCUCAGGGCACAGGAAGGUAAAGGACUCAAAUACCUUGGAGUAUUUGAGCAUUCAGGGGUCUUCCCUCGAGGAGCGGAGCUGAGCUGAGGUGUCACUGCACCUUGUCAGGGAUCUGAACUUGUUAGAUCAAGCUGAGAAGGAGGAUGAUAAAGAAGGGUGCAAAGGUUUCCCUGGAUAAAUGCCUGAGCAGACUGACCAUCCACAGGAAGCACAGGAAUAGGUCCUGAGGUUUCCAAAUGAACGUGUGGAUGUGUGAGACGUGCUUAGAAACCCUCCUGGCUAAUUCUGUCUGAGGUUCUGCUCUUGUGAGGGCCUCGGGGCUGCACGAGGGAUCCUGGAACAUCUCGAGAACCAUGUUGUUCUUGCAGCGGUACCAGGCCACACCUUGAAUUGAAAUGCGCACAUGAAAUUUUCAGUUCCAGGAGGUUUACCCAGCAUCGUUCCCAGCAGCCAGGGGAGCAAGUCUCUGACCUCUCUUCAGAGUGCCGUAGCUGUGCACUAAGUUGACGUGAAUAUUUCCCUUUCACGUAGGGCUUUGGUGUCCCCUGGUUUCUGGAAGACCGUGGAGACAUCCGUGCACUGAGCAACAGGACUAUUAGUUGCACUUUUGCAAAACUUGUGUCAUCUAAGCCACAUAUGAGAAGGUGAUUAAACCCUGACUAUCAGCCCUUCAAAGGCAAGGAACUACCUCAGCAUCAUGAGGUCAUGCUGUGAAUUGCCUUCUUCUGUUGCUUUCCUUUAAAGUCCUGCAGUCAUGCCUACUAUCCUACACACCUGACCCCAGCAACCUGGGUCUCCACCAGCCUUUAAUCUUCUUGCACGGGCUGAGUUUCAGUGUAGGACUUGCGUAUAAGCAGUAGCUGCUUUCCAGGAGUACCCACUCCCGCAGUGUCUCACAACACCUCUCCAGUGUCUCUUAUAACUCAUGGGUGGUGGCGUUAAAAUGCCAGUUUGACAUUUUCUUCUCUGAUUGACAGAGCCAGAAGCAGCAGAUUUUUUUCUUGUUGUCCAGGAUAACUGGCAAACCCACUCAGCUCUCCUCUAAGACUGGAAUGCUGUGAAAAAUAGACGUGAGGAUUCCUAGUAGUAGACUACAGGGGAUGGAGGAGACCUCCAGGUGUUACCUAUUCCAUUACCCUUUCCCACAGCAGGGUUAGAGGUUUGUUAACACUUCCUAGCAGAUAUAUCUCUAACCCAGUUUUACAGUUUUGGUGAGCAGAGAUGUCACCAUCUCCCCAGGAUUUAUAUUUCACUUCAGAGAUUCCUUAGGACGUUAGAACCAUCUGUAAGCAUCGCAGGUCAAAGAGACCUUGAUUCCCAUUGCUGUCUCUCCUCAAGACUUCCCUUGGGGGAGGAUGGCAGACCAACAGCUAAGAGUGCUCCGAGGCUGUGGAAAGCGACUGCCAACUACCAUGGAUCACAUCGCAGAGGCUUUGUGUGAGAAGGUCAAAACAUCCCUCAUUCAUUUUCAGACAAAUCACAGACUGUUUUCCCAUUCGUUCCUCCCUGGCCACAUCCAAGACUGACAUCAUGAUGCCGUUGAAAUCAUCUCUCCUGAAAUCCUCAUGAGUGAUAGACUCCAGACAUUAACAAGUCUCAGAGGGGAAACCUUCAGAGGGUGUUAAGCAGCAAUACUGGGAAUUACAGUGGUUUGAGCCCUGUGGAAAUAAGCAACAGGUGACAACUGUGAUCCGUUGGGAUCCCUGUAAAAUCACACAGAGUGUGAACAGGUCUCUGCCAUAGGGAUUUCUCCAAUAUACCCUUGUUUGUGGGACCUCGAAAGCACUUCCACAGUUGCGGCUGCAGAUCUGAAAAUACUUUGCUUUUCCUCAGCCUUUGUCCUGAACUAUAAGGUCGGAAACAGCAUCCUUCAAGCAAUGGGCCAGCUCUUGCUCACACAGUUGUGUCCCUGUAAAUGGAGGGCACAAGGCAGAGAGUAACGAGCCUGUUGUCCUGGCAAGAAAGAGGUGAGGGGUUUGGAAUGGGCAGUAAUAUUGCAUCUGAUUAAAAAAAAAAAAAGAAAGAAAGAAAAAGCAAAAACUGCAUGACUUUCUAUUGACCAGUUCACCAUUUUUGUCAAUGUUUAAUGUCAAUACUCCCUCAAAAGCCCAUUCCCAAAUCAAAUUUUGCAAAAAAGAAUGUUUUUUGAGCAGUGCAUUCACACACACACGCACACACACACACACACACAAACGAUUUCUUUUCCCUCAUGAAAAGUCGGUAUUCUUCUGAUGAAACCUCAUCUCUGUUGAACUCUAUGAAGUGAAGGAUCUUUAUUUUCAUCCUCUUGACUAACCACCAAGCUCAUUGCAGCUACUUGUAAAGCAAAAGGACUGAGUGAGCCAAGAGAAAGGGAGGCAACUUUUUAAUAAUUACUCCCUACCUGGGGACUUUCAUAAGCACAAAGAAGAGUCACUGAAAAAAGAAAAAAAAAACCAACAAAACCAACCAGCCAAACUCUCUGUAGCCACUGAAUUCUACUUUUUGGCUGCUCAGCACCAUUCCCAGUGGUUCGGCAGCUCCUCACACCCUGAGAGCCUGCGAAAUAUUGUGCACACACAUUUGUCGAAGCGAGACAGUGGGCAGCUGGUGUUGGAGCAAUAACCCCACAGUGGCAGGGUGAUGCUCAAGGCUGUGUGUGUGUGUGUGUGUGUGCGUGUGUGUGUGUGCGUGUGUGUGUGUGCACGCCGGGGAGAAGGGGUCGGAUGGCUGAUGCCUGCCUACGCUGCUGGGAUGUAAUCUGUACUUAUCUCUUCUGUAAGCGUCAGUAUUCAAACAUAUCCAUGAAUAAAGCACACAUGCAUUUUUCCUGA